GGGGACGUGACGUGGGAGGCGGUAGCCCGCCCAGCCGCUAUCCACGGAGACUCACGCAACCUCCUCAAACCCACGUCUCUCUUUCUCUCACACACACCACACAUCUCUCCUCUCUCUCACACCACGCCGCCUUGUCUGCCAGCUCCAUCCUGCACGAGCAGACAUCUGCGUGGGGAGUGUAAGGACCUCGCUAGGUAAGGCGGCGGCGGUGGUGGUGGUGGUGUUAGCUCCGAGUAGACAAUUAUCAUGAGCCUUGCUCCGAAUUCUCGUCGUCUGCUCCGUUGGCCUCUCCUCCUCGUUGUGGUCGCCCUGGUUCGCCUCGGCCCGAGGGUCACCGGACACCCUCAGUGUCUCGACUACCGCCCGCCCUUCCAGCCGUCAUCUCCGCUGCAGCUGUGCAUAGAGUACGGCAGCUUCGGCUGCUGCGAUGCGGAGAGGGACUUGCAGAUCUACCGCAGAUUCUGGGAGGUCAUGGGGCACAUGGAUGGAGGCGGAUACCGCCUGUGCGCCUCCUUCAUCAAGAACCUCCUCUGCCAGGAGUGCUCGCCAUACGCGGCGCACCUCUUCGACGCCGAGGACCUGUCCACGCCCGUGCGAACCCUGCCGGGCCUCUGCCCCGACUACUGCCGCUCCUUCUACUACCAGUGCGGCUCCACCCUGAGCCUGCUCACCGACGACAAGGAGGUACGACGCCUGGAGACGGACGGGGAGCGGCUCUGCAAGAGGCUCGUGCUGGAAGACAAGGAGUACUGCUACCCCGCCGUGCUGGAGAGCCCCGACCUCAACGCGGAGCUGGGCGUCGUGCAGGCGGGAGAAGACGGCUGCAUGCAGCUGUGCCUCGAGGAGGUGGCCAACGGGUUGCGCAACCCCGUGGCCAUGGUGCACGCCGGCGACGGCACGCACCGACGCUUCGUGGCCGAGCAGCUGGGCCUCGUGUGGAUGCUGCUGCCCAACGGCUCGCGGGCCGAGCGACCCUUCCUCAACGUCAGCAAGGAGGUCCUCACCUCGCCCUGGAUCGGGGAUGAGCGCGGGUUCCUUUGCCUGGCCUUCCACCCCAACUAUCGUAAGAACGGCAAGAUGUACACGUACUACUCGGUGCUCUCCAAGGAUCGCAAGAGAGAGCUGAUACGCAUCAGCGAGUUCCGCGUGUCGCCAGACAACAUGAACUAUGUCGAUCCCAAAACCGAGAGGUACAUUUUAGAGAUAGAGGAGCCAGCAGCCAAUCACAACGGAGGGCAGUUGCUCUUCGGAGAAGACGGCUUCCUCUACAUUUUCACCGGCGAUGGUGGCCGUGCCGGGGACCCAUUCGGGCUCUUCGGAAACGCGCAGAACAAGUCCGCGUUGCUCGGCAAGGUCUUGCGCAUCGACGUGGACGGCACGGACGUGGGGCGGCCGUACCGCGUGCCAAGCGACAACCCCUUCGUACGCGAGCGGGGCGCGCGGCCCGAGGUGUUCGCCUACGGCGUGCGCAACAUGUGGCGCUGCUCCUUCGACCGGGGCGACCGGCUGACGGGCGCGGGGCGAGGACGUCUCUUCUGCGGCGACGUCGGGCAGAACAAGUUCGAGGAGGUGGACAUCAUCGUGAAGGGAGGCAAUUAUGGCUGGAGAGCCAAGGAGGGCUUCGAGUGCUACGACCGCCAGCUCUGCCACAACCACACACUCGAUGACAUCCUUCCAAUAUAUGCAUAUAACCACAGCUUGGGGAAGUCUGUUACGGGUGGCUACAUCUACAGGGGGUGCCACUCCCCAAACCUAAAUGGACUCUACAUCUUUGGAGACUUCAUGAGUGGGCGGCUGAUGGCGCUGAAGGAGGACCCUCGGCUCGGACGCUGGGAUAAGAAGGAUGUGUGCAUGGGCCAGGGUCAGACCUGCGUGUUCCCUGGCGUCAUCAACAACUACUACCAGUACAUCAUUUCCUUUGCCGAGGACGAGGCAGGAGAGCUGUACUUCUUGUCAUCGGGUCUGGCGAGUACUCGGUCUCCCACGUCCACCAUCUACCGCAUCGUAGACCCGUCCAGGAGAGCUCCCCCAAAGAAGUGCGAGGUGACGGUGGCCCCUGUUCAGGUGAAAGGAAGGCUUGUAGAUUUCAAACCCAAACAAAGGCUGAUCAUAUCAAAAACAACCACCACCCCUCCACCUCCUCCAACAAAACCUCCCCAACUUGCGCCCACUCGGAGGCCCAAGCCUACACGGCCAUCUGGGUCAAAAGGCAAAACGUUCACCACCACCACCAACUCAAGGCUGGCAGCACCGGGUGCGCUGCAUCCUUCGCGGCGUCCAGCCGGUCAGCCCACUCUGAGGCCCCCGACCGCAGGCGCGAUUUCCCGCCAAGGGCAGCAGAAGAGCCAGAGGCGGACGGGCAAGCCAGGGCAGGCCGGCCGCAAACGUCCCUUGGUCAGCAGGCCGUUGAGGCCGUUGCGGCCAGGCACGCGCCGAAGGCCCGCGCCGAACGUGCGGAGGCCACACGCGCCGCGGACGAACAUACAGAUGAGCGAAAGUAGCCCAGAGAGGAGAUGAUAAGGUGCAAGUCUCAAGUGCUGUCCGGCACCGACAUCCACGGACAAGUCACUCGCCUUUGGCGUGAGCGGGGUUUCAUUUCAGCGCUGGAGCUGUCCUGGGCUGGGCUCUGGAAAAUAUUUCGCCUCCGCCCUCCUCUCAGCCACCCCCACGCCACUCACUGUCUUCGGGUGGGCAGUCUCCAGGGGGUUUGGGGGGGGGGGGCGUCUAAAUAUAUUCCAUGAGAAAUCAAGCGCUUGGUGUGGGCAUAAUAAUGUUAGAUCGUGGAGCACAGCACGUUUACACCUGCCUGGCCAGUCUUGGAAAGAGAAGCUGUACUGUGAGUUGCCAACGCAUUCUCUGACGGCAUAAUUGACUAAGGUUAAGAAGCAGCUUGCAUUGUCAAGGGCCCUUUUUAAAAACACACGAUGCAGUGGUGCUGGGGCCUGCAGAAGAAUCCAUCGAGUUGGUGUGGCGGCAUUGUGCGAUUGCUUUUUUACAGUGUUCAUCCUCCUGUAUUUUCAUCGUUCGAAUUUUUACGAAGCAUGAACUAAACUUGAAUUUGUAAACUAAUGACUAAAAUCAGGACAAGUGUAUAGUGUUAGUUAUUGUUUUAAUUUAUUUUAAUACCCCCAUAACUGAAAAUCUAAAGACCAAAGUGUGAAAAAAACCAAUCGCCUUUUGGGUUUCACCACCUGUGUAUUUACAGCAAAACUCAUUGAUUGGGUCACGGUCUGUUAAGUUUAUUUUGUUUUAAAUACAAAAAAAAAUUACCGUUGCAUAUGGAUUGUGUCGCAUUUAUUUUUGGUGCUCAGUGUUGCAUUUCCCCUGAAAUAUGUACGGGUAACUUUUCCCCACGUAAAGAGAAACAUGUGAAGUCUGCUAAGCCCUCGAUUUUGCCGUGGCAGCCACGGACGCCAUUUGUUCUGCUGCAUUUCUCAAGCCGGUGUUUGUUUGCAAGUGUGUGUAGGUAGGGUCGGUAUAACGCGUGCCAAAAUGCCACGGCAGUAUUUUGGAGUUUUAAGGAUUUCCUAUGAAUAACAAACAAACGGGCGCAAGCAGUCUUCUGGGUAAUAAAUCAGCAGCCCUUGUGUUUUCAUUAUUUUAUUCCUGAGGGUUGGGAUGAAGUUUCCUUCACCUUGAUUGCCUUGAGGUCACCUGUAAACGCACACGUUCUGCGAAUUCGUUUUCUCCUGAAUACAAUUUUUUUAAAUUUUGUGCCAAAUAAACUCAAUCUUUUUAGCGCGCUGUGCUCUGAACCCAGUGACCUGAGUUUGAUCCCAGGCACAGCUAACGUCAGUCGUGAAGUGAUAUCUGAACCCCUCCUCGCAUUCACCCUCCACCCGAUUGACCAUUGUGGUGAAGUAUGG